AUGAAAAUAGGUGAUCAUAUAUUAGUUGAUGGAAAAUUUCCAGCAACUAUAUUAUAUAUUGGUUUAGUUGAUGAUCAUCCGGGACAAUGGAUUGGUAUUGAAUAUUGGAAUCAACAAGGAAAACAUAAUGGAACUUUUAAUGAAAAAUUUUAUUUUCAAACAAAACAUCAACUUACUGGAUCUUUUAUUAGACAACAAAGAAUUCAAUUUGGAAAUUCAUUUACUCAAGCGAUUUAUAAACAAUAUAUUAAAGCUUUUUCAAAUGAUUAUAUAAUGACAGAUAUUAAUUAUUCAUUAUUCGGUAAACAAUAUUCUGAUUAUGCAGUUGAUUUAUCAUCAAUAAUUCGAAUAGAUUUAUCAUCUCAAUGGGUAAAUGAAUUUGAUGAUAAUGAUUAUAUAUAUAAUAAUCUUCGACAAAUAAAAGAACUUAAUAUUCGUCAAAAUUUAAUUAAAAAUUGGUCACAAUUAUGGAUUGUAUUAGAUAAAUAUUUUCCUGAAUUAGAAAUCUUAAAUGUUAGUAAUUCUCGAAUGAAUUUUGAUUUAAAUCCAUCAAAUGAAUAUAAAUAUGUAAAACAAAUUGUUCUUAUUGAUACAGAUAAUGAUUGUUAUUUAUUUGAACAUAUAUUUAAAUAUUUUCCAAAUUUAAAUCAUAUUCAUUUAGAUUUAAAUUAUUUAACUUUUAUAUCAGAAUUAUUUGUUGAUCAAAUUAAAUAUUUAACUUAUUUAUCAUUAUCAGAUAAUCCAACAUUAAUACAUUGGGAUCCAUUUAUUAAUCGAUUAGGAAUACUUAAAUAUCUUCAAGAAUUAUUUAUUAAUAAUUGUGGAAUUGAACAAAUUAAAUUACCAAAUCAAGAUGAAUCAAAUGAAUUAUUUCCAUCAUUAAAAUAUCUUUAUAUGUCUGAUAAUAAAAUUUCAACAUAUUCAUCAAUAAAUGAAUUAAGUCGUAUAUCAUCAUUAAUAUCAUUAAGUAUACUUCGAAAUCCAAUAUAUGGAUUAAAUCAAUUUGAAAAUGAAACAGCUAAACAAAUGAUAAUAGCUCGUUUACCCAAUUUAACACAUUUAAAUAGAGUUUUAAUUAAUCGAAAUGAAAGACGUGGAGCUGAAAUUGAUUAUUUACAACGUUAUGCACAAGAUUAUUUUGAUCAAAACUUAGAUUUUAUUAAUGAACAUAGACAAUAUCAAACAUUGAUUAACAAACACGGAGAACCUAUAAGACCAAAUACAAAUCAGACAUUCAAAAAAAAAGGUCUUUGUAUUCGGCCUGAUUUAUUAAAAGUAAUAUUUGAACUUGGUGAUGAAAAUGAAAGAAAAAUCGAAAAAAAAAUUCCAUCAUCAAUGACAAUAGCAAAAUUAAAAACAUUUGUUCGUCGAUUAUUUUCAUCACAAUUAACAAAUAAUAUUCAAUUUAAUUUAUUUGUUGUUAUUGAUCAAAAACAUAAAGAACUUAUGUCAAAUGAUUAUCAAGAUAUUCAAUUUUAUUUAGGAAAUUAUUUUUUAAAUGAUAAUAAUGAUCAACCUUCAAUUAUUAGAAUUGAAACUAUUUAA